AGACGCGGCGGUGGGGCCGGGACCCGCCCGGAGGCGCGCAGUGCAAGCCAGUGGCAGAGCCAUGGCGGGAGGGGAAGACCGGGGGGACGGGGAACCGGAAUCUGUGGUGACCGUGCGGGUGCAGUACCUGGAGGACACCGAUCCCUUCUCAUGUGCCAACUUGCCGGAGCCGCGCCGGGCCCCCACCUGCUGCCUCGACGCGGCGCUGCCCCUGGGUGCGCAGAUACCCACGCUGCACCGCCUGCUGGGGGCGCCGCUCAAGCUAGAGGACUGUGCCCUGCAAGUGUCUCCCUCUGGAUACUACCUGGACCCUGAGCUGUCCCUGGAAGAGCAGCGGGAGAUGCUGGAGGGCUUCUAUGAAGAGAUCAGCAAAGGGCGGAAGCCUACGCUGAUCCUGCGGACCCAGCUCUCCGUGAGGGUUAAUGCCAUCUUGGAAAAGUUGUAUGGCUCCAGUGGCCCUGAGCUCCGCCGCUCCCUCUUCUCACUAAAGCAGAUCUUCCAGGAGGACAAGGACCUGGUGCCUGAAUUCGUGCAUUCGGAGGGGCUGAGUUGCCUGAUCCGUGUGGGUGCUGCUGCCGACCACAACUACCAGAGCUACAUCCUCCGAGCACUAGGCCAGCUGAUGCUUUUUGUGGAUGGGAUGCUAGGGGUGGUAGCUCACAGUGAGACCGUGCAGUGGCUGUACACACUGUGUGCCAGCCUGUCCCGCUUGGUAGUGAAGACAGCCCUGAAGCUGCUCCUGGUAUUUGUGGAAUACUCUGAGAACAACGCACCGCUGUUCAUCUGUGCAGUCAACUCUGUGGCCAGCGCUACCGGUGCUCUUCCAUGGGCCAAUCUUGUGUCUAUCCUGGAGGAGAAGAAUGGUGCUGACCCCGAGUUGCUGGUGUACACAGUCACACUCAUUAACAAGACACUGGCAGCGCUCCCAGAUCAGGACUCCUUCUAUGACGUGACGGAUGCACUGGAGCAGCAGGGCAUGGAGGCACUGGUCCAGCGCCUCUUGGGCACUGCGGGCACUGAUGUCGACCUGCGUGCCCAGCUUGUGCUUUACGAGAGCGCCCUGCGGUUGGAGGAUGGAGACAUCGAGGAAGCCGCCCCAGGUGGGCGGCGGGAGCGCCGAAAGCCGUCUUCAGAGGAGGGCAAGAGGAGCCGCCGAUCUCUAGAAGGCGGGGGCUGCCCUGUGCGCGCCCCUGAGCCUGGCCCCUCAGGCCUCGCCUCGCCGACAGGCCCCGCCUCCAGCCCCACAAGCCCCGCCUCGCCGCUAGCCCCCACCUCCUCCUCCACCGGCCCUGCUCCACCGACAGGCCCCACCUCCAGCCCGGUGGGCCCUGCCUCUGGCCUCCGUACCUCGGUGAGCCUCUUUCCUACCAUCUCCGUGGCGCCCUCCUCCGACAGCUCCUGCGAGAGGAGCAUCUACAAACUUCACCAAACUGCUCCUGUUUGGGCCCCUGAGAGCCCACCUGUCCCCCAGUCCCCUACUGGGCAGGCCAGGCUGGAAGCCCGGUUCCUGGAGAAUGUGGCAGCGGCGGAAACAGAGAAGCAGGCUGCGCUGGCCCAGGGCCGGGCAGAGACGCUGGCUGGGGCCAUGCCUGAUGAGGUGGAUAGGCACCCAGAUACCCGGAAACUAUGGGACUCCCCAGAACCAGCCCCUGCACCCAGAACACCCCAGAGCCCUACCCCCCGAGUCCUACUCCGGGCCCAGCAGAGUCUUGAGCCAGAGCCCGAGGAGACACUGGCCUCACCAAGCCCCAAGGUUGAGCCCAUCCGGGAAUUCCCUAUCCGUAUACCCAAGCUCUGCAUUGGGGACCUGGACUUCUCAGAUCUGGGGGAGGAUGAAGACCAGGACAUGCUGAACACAGAGUCUGUGGAGGCUGGGAAAGGGGUCCUGCCCCCACCACCCCCAGUGCCUCUGCUCUCUGGAGGCCCCCCGCCUCCUCCACCCCCACCUCCCCCACUCAUCAAAAGCCCAUUCCCACCACCUCCACCCCUGGCUGCCCCUCCUCCUCCUUCAGUACCUGAUGGCCUAGCCCUCCCCACAAAGAGGAAGACAGUAAAACUUUUCUGGCGGGAGCUAAAGCUGGCUGGGGGCCAUGGAGGCUCUCAGAGCCACUUUGGUCCUUGUCCCACCCUGUGGGCCUCACUGGAGCCUGUCUCAGUGGACACAGCCCGGCUGGAACACCUGUUCGAGUCCCGUGCCAAGGACGUGCUGCCUUCCAAGAAAGCUGGUGAGGGCCGCCGGACAAUGACCACAGUGCUGGAUCCCAAGCGCAGCAACGCCAUCAACAUUGGCCUAACCACACUGCCACCUGUGCACGUCAUCAAGGCGGCCCUGCUCAAUUUUGAUGAGUUUGCUGUCAGCAAGGAUGGCAUUGAGAAGCUACUGACCAUGAUGCCCACGGAUGAGGAGCGGCAGAAGAUCGAGGAGGCCCAUCUGGCCAAUCCUGACAUACCCCUGGGCCCAGCCGAGAAUUUCCUGAUGAUUCUUGCCUCCAUUGGGGCCCUGGCUGCUCGGCUACAACUCUGGGCCUUCAAGCUGGACUAUGACAGCAUGGAGCGGGAAAUUGCAGAACCACUAUUUGAUCUGAAAGUGGGUAUGGAACAGCUGGUGCAAAAUGCCACCUUCCGCUGCAUCCUGGCCACCCUGCUGGCUGUGGGCAACUUCCUCAAUGGCUCCCAGAGCAGCGGCUUUGAACUGAGCUACCUGGAGAAGGUGUCAGAGGUGAAGGACACAGUGCGCCGGCAGUCACUGCUGCACCAUCUCUGCUCCUUGGUGCUCCAGACCCGGCCUGAUUCCUCCGACCUCUACUCAGAAAUCCCUGCCCUGACCCGUUGUGCCAAGGUUGACUUUGAGCAGCUGACUGAGAACCUGGGGCAGCUAGAGCGCCGGAGCCGGGCAGCUGAGGAGAGUCUGCGGAGCUUGGCCAAGCACGAGCUGGCCCCAGCCCUGCGUGCCCGCCUCACCCACUUCCUGGCCCAGUGUGCCCGCCGUGUUGCCAUGCUGCGGGUAGUGCACCGCCGUGUCUGCAACAGGUUCCGUGCCUUCCUGCUGUACCUGGGGUACACUGCACAGGCAGCUCGCGAAGUGCGCAUCAUGCAGUUCUGCCAUACGCUGCGGGAGUUUGCACUGGAGUAUCGGACUUGCCGGGAACGGGUGCUGCAGCAGCAGCAGAAGCGGGCCACAUACCGUGAGCGCAACAAGACCCGGGGACGCAUGAUCACUGAGACAGAGAAGUUUUCUGGUGUGGCUGGGGAAGCCCCCAGCAACCCAUCUGUCCCAGUGGCUGUGGGCAGCGGGCCAGGCCGGGGUGAUGCCGACAGUCAUGCCAGCAUGAAGAUUCUGCUCACCAGCAAGCCUGAGGACACCACACAUGGUCGCCGCAGCAGAGGCAUGGUCCAGAACAGCUCCCCAGUCGUGCCCACAGCAGUGGGGCCCUCCACUGUACCCCCAGAAGAAUCCCCAGGCUCCAGUUUACCCAGUGACACUUCAGAUGAGAUCAUGGACCUGCUAGUGCAGUCAGUGACCAAGAGCAGUCCUCGCGCCUUAGCUGCUCGAGAACGCAAGCGUUCCCGUGGCAACCGCAAGUCUUUGAGGCGGACGUUGAAGAGCGGGCUCGGAGAGGACCUGGUGCAGGCACUGGGACUGAGCAAGGGUUCUGACCUGGAGGUGUGAAGGCGCUGCCUCCAGGACAUCUUUCUGGGCCCCCGUCUGCAGUGCAAGAGACUGUAGAGUGAGGAGGGACCAGAGCAGAAGUGUGGGCCUCUUCUCAACUCCAGGGCCACUCUGUGCCCAGGGGUCAGUGCCUGGAGCAGUAUUAGCUGUGUGUGCUUGUGUGCGUGUGUAUGCAUGUAUGAGCUCCCUGAAUGCAUGGAGCAUAAUAAAAUUUUCCUAGCUAA